AACGACUGUCUCAAUAAUAUUGUCAACGCAGAAAAACGUGGCAAGCGUCAAGUAUUAAUUCGACCUUCGUCUAAGUAUAUCGGUGAAUUCGAAGAAAUUGAUGACCAUCGAUCUGGAAAAAUCGUCAUUCAAUUAAACGGCCGGCUAAACAAAUGCGGUGUCAUAUCACCUCGCUUUAAUAUUAAAUUAGAAGAUGUCGAAAAAUGGGUCAAUAAUUUAUUACCUUCACGUCAAUUUGGUUUCUUGGUUUUGACCACAAGCGCUGGUAUCAUGGAUCAUCACGAAGCUAGACGAAAACAUAUUGGUGGAAAACUUCUUGCAAUUUCAACUAAUACUACAAACUCAUCGAUUAUUACAAAUAAAAAUCUUUCUGAUAGUGAGAUUCCAGAAAUCAAAAUUGAUAUAGCAACUAUUUAUAAUGUUUCAGAAUGGGAUAAUUUUAAUUUAGCACUUUUUGAU